GCACUACCGUGGACGGUCAGAGCUCUCUGGUGGGAGUAAGAAAUUGCUGGUUGGCGUAAUCCUCCACGAGGAAGAUCCUGAAGAAGAAUGGCCAGCUCUGGGUCUCAGGACGUGGUCUGUGGGUCAGUGACAUUUAGGGAUGUGGCUGUUGUCUUCUCUCAGGAAGAGUGGGCCUGCCUGGAUGCUGCUCAGAGGAUCUUAUACAGGGACAUGAUGUUGGAGACCUACAGAAACCUCCUCACAGUGGUGGGAAGUUCCAUUUCCAAACCCGAUCUGAUCACCUUAUUGGAGCAGGAGAGAGAGCCCUGGAUGGCUGGGAAGGAAGAAGCAGACAGGCCUAGCCCAGAUUUGGAGUCAUGUAAUGAAGCUGAAAAUACAUCUCCAGAAAAUCAUAUUUAUAAUAGAAAUUUAUUCAAACAGAGUAUACAACAAUUAAGUAAAGCUUUUGACUUCAAGGCCUCCAGUUUCAGUAAUGGCCCCAAUUAUAGUACAUUCAAGGAACUACAGAGUUAUCAAGGACAUGUUGAUCAAAAGAUUAGUAACAAAGAAAAUCUGCCUACUUACACCUGUCAGACUCUUGUUCCCAAUAUAGAAAAAGCCUAUGAAUGUAAAGAGUGUUGUGAAUACCUUGAUUGUAGUUCAACUCUUAUUCAGCAUCAGACUAUUCACACUGGAGAGAAACCCUGUGAAUGUAAGGAGUGUGGGAAAACCUUCAGACUCCACCAACAACUUACAAGACCUCAGAAGUCUCACAGUGGUGAGAGACCUUUUGAAUGUGAGGAAUGUGGAAAGGAUUGUCAACUUCUCAGCCUGCUUAAGUACCAUAAAACCAUUCAUACAGGUACAAAACCAUUUGAAUGUGAGGAAUGUGGGAAGUCCUUCAAGCGUGUCUCCAGCCUUGUUGAACAUAGAAUUAUUCAUGCUGGUGUGAAGCCAUAUGAAUGUAAAGAGUGUGGGAAAGCCUUUAACCGUCGCUCAAACCUCAUGCAACAUCAGAAAAUUCACUCUGGUGAGAGACCCUUUCAGUGUAAGGAGUGUGGAAAAGCCUUCACUGUUUUGGCACAGCUCACUCGGCACCAGAACAUUCAUACUGGAGAGAAAUCAUUUGAAUGUCAGCAGUGUGGCAAGAUAUUCAGAACUGGUUCAUACCUUGUGCAACACCAGAGUAUUCAUACUGGUGAGAAACCCUUUGAGUGUAAUGUCUGUGGGAAGGCUUUUAGGCUUCAGGUAUACCUCUCUGAGCAUCAGAAAACUCACACUGAUGAGAAACCUUUCAAUUGCAAGCUGUGUGGGUCAGCCUUCAGACGUAAGAACCAACUUAGUGAGCAUCAGAGAACUCAUACUAAUGUGAGACCCUAUCAGUGCAAGGAAUGUGGCAAAUUCUUUCGUCAACGUUCAAAUUUGAUUGACCAUCAGAGUAUUCACACUGGAAAGAAACCCUUCAAGUGUAAAGAAUGCGGGAAGGUCUUUAGACUUAAUAUACUUCUCAUUCGUCAUCAGAGAUCUCACAGUGGUGAGAGACCUUUUGAGUGUAAAGAAUGUGGAAAGGCUUUUCAUCUUCCCAGCCAGCUUAAUAACCAUAAAAUUGUUCAUACAAGCAAAAAACCCUUUGAAUGCAAUGCAUGCGGGAAGUCCUUCAAACGUGUUUCCACCCUUGUUCAGCAUAGAAUUAUUCAUGCUGAUGUGAAGCCAUAUGAAUGUAAUGAAUGCGGGAAAGCCUUUAAUCGUAGCUCAAACCUCACACAACAUCGGAAAAUUCACUCUGGUGAGAGACCCUUUCAGUGUAACGAGUGUGGAAAAGCCUUCACUGUUCUGGCACAGCUCACUCGGCACCAGAACCUUCAUACUGGAGAGAAAUCAUUUGAAUGUCAGCAGUGUGGCAAGAUAUUUAGUUGUGGCUCAUUCCUUUUGCGUCACCAGAGUGUUCAUACCGGUGAGAAACCCUUUGAGUGUAAUGUCUGUGGGAAGGCUUUUAGGCUUCAGGUAUACCUCUCUGAGCAUCAGAAAACUCACACUGAUGAGAAACCUUUCAAGUGCAAGCUGUGUGGGUCAGCCUUCAGACGUAAGAACCAGCUUAGUGAGCAUCAUAGAAUCCAUACUGAUGAGAGACCCUAUCAGUGCAAGGAGUGUGGGAAACACUUCCGUCGACGUUCAAAUUUUACUGAGCAUCAGAGUAUUCACACUGGAAAGAAACCCUUUGAGUGUAAGGAAUGUGGGAAAGUCUUUAGACUUAAUAUACAUCUCAUUCGACAUCAAAGAUUUCAUAGUGGUGAGAGACCUUUUGAGUGUAAGGAGUGUGGAAAGGCUUUUCAUCUUCCCAGCCAGCUUAAUUACCACAAAAACAUUCUUCAUACAGGUCAAAAAAUAUUUGAAUGUGAGGAAUGUGGGAAGUCUUUCAAGCGAGUCUCCAGCCUUGUUGAACAUAGAAUUAUUCAUGCUGGUGUGAAGCCAUAUGAAUGUAAAGAGUGUGGGAAAGCCUUUAAUCGUCGUUCAAACCUCAUGCAGCAUCAGAAAAUUCACUCUGGUGAGAAACCCUUUCAGUGUAAGGAGUGUGGAAAAGCCUUCACUGUUUUGGCACAGCUCACUCGGCACCGAAGUAUUCAUACUGGAGAGAAAUCAUUUGAAUGUCAGCAGUGUGGGUCAGCCUUCAGACUUCAGUCCCAACUUCAUCAACAUCAGAGAAUUCAUACCAACAUGAAACUCUUUCAGUGCAAGGAGUGUGGGAAGGACUUUAUUCGUAGUACAGGCCUUAGAAUUCACCAGAGAAUCCACACUGGUGAGAAGCCCUUUCAGUGUAAGGAAUGUGGGGAAGCCUUUCAGUAUCGGUACCAAUUUCUUGGACAUUUUAGAAUUCAUACUAACAAGAAUCCUUAUGAAUGUAAAGAAUGUGAGAAGUACUUUACUUGUGGUAGAGACCUUGAAGUACAUCAAAGAAGUCAUACUAGUGAGAAAUUUUACCAAUGUUAGGAAUGUGGGAAGGCCUUUCGUUGAAAAUCAAGCUUGGUUUGGCAUACUAAAAUUCAUAUUGGUAAGAAACCUUAUGUAUGUAAGGAAUGUGGAAAAGCCUUUAGUGAUAAUUCUAAUGUAGAAGUAUAUCAGAGAAUUCACACUGGUGAGAAACCAUGUGAAUCUAAGAAAGGUUGGGAGAUGUUUAGAUUUAGUUCAGCCUUCACUGCACAGUGGAGCAGUCAUACAGGCAUGAACACUGUCAUUGUAAGAAUGCAAAGACUUUCAAUUCGAGCUGAGGCCUUGUUGUAACAUAAGGGAAUCCAUGCUGGAGUGAAACCCUGCAAAUACAAGGAAUGUGAGAACAUUUAUAGAAUUCGCUCAGCUCUGAAACGUCAUCAGAGCCCUUAUAGUUCUGCAACCCUAUAAAUGUGAAGGAUGUGGGAAAGCCUUUAUUGUAAAUCAUGAGCUUACACAUCAGAAAAUCCAUCAUUGUUAGGAGUCCUAUGCAUGUAAGGAGGGUGGACAAGACUUUGUAUGGAAAUUUUACUGAACGUCAGAGAAUUCAUUGGCAAGACUGUGGCUGGAAAGAAUGUGGGAAGAACUUUAAUCUACCCUAGGAUUUGGUCAACAUCAGAGUAUUCCAAGAAACCCUUAGGGAAUCAGAAUGUGGGAAGUCUGUUGUUUAGAGAUGAAACUCUAUUGAGAAUAUCUUUGAAUGUCAGAAAUAAAGGAUAACCAUCAUGUUCCUGAGUUACUCAUCUCAUUCUAUAAACUUAAUUUGUCAAACACUAUUCACCCAGGUCAGUCAGCUUAGGGAGAGCAGUUAUUCAAACUUGGUUUAUCUGAGGCACCUUCCUUGUCACGAUUAAUGCUCUGUCUCCUGUCAUAUUAACAUAAACAUACUGAAUGUUUGCUUUCUUAUUGCAGAGUUUGUGAAUGGCCAGCCCAGUACCAGUCAAAGUAGUGGGAACAGGGUUAUAAUAAGUAAUAUGAUUUUUCAGAGUAUUUGGUCAAUGCCUGUGUUCUGUAAAAUAGGUUUUACAUUUUUCUCCCUUGGCAUUACUGUAGCUGAUAUGACAGACCGUUUGUACUUUAGAUGGUUUAGAAAACCUCAUGCAUUCAUUUUCUAUUAGAUUUUAAACAACUUCAUUCUGUAUACAUGUAAUGCAUAAAAAGGAAUAUGAAAGGAUUUGAGUUGCAAAUCCAUUCCUUAAGAAUUUGUGUGGAGAUGUUAAAAACACAGCUAUUGAUAAUAAGUACUUUCUAAAGGGCUUAAACACAUAAGAAUUUCAAAAGGUAAAAGCCCCAUCAUUUAUGUCCUCCUCCCACACAGUAAGAUAAACUUUACAUUUGUGACAGGGCAAAAAAGUCCACAGGAUCGUCCAUCUCUUAUUCUUACUGAGGCUUGUCAUGUUUGGGUAGAAUUUGAUUGUCUUGAUGGAGAAUCUCAUGAAAAAUUACACAACUCUAUUCAGAGAAUCUGAGGUCAAAUUACCCCUGAUAAUUUGCCUGGCUUAACUUAAAGGGCCCAUAUGUGCAAAACUUCCCCUCCAGCUACUGCUUAUCUUGGCUACUUUUAAACUACCUGCUUGGGCAAAAUCUCCCUCUGCAUUGUUGAGCAAUAUUACAGGAUGUGGGAUUCAAUCUAAAUGCUUAGAGCUACACUUAGGUCCUGAAUACCCGAAUGUAAUCUCAGCUGGCUAGAAUAAAUCCUUUUAGUUAAUAUAAACUGUCAGAGUGGUCUUCUCUGGUGGGCUCCCUCUAACACAUUAACAAAAAUAGCUAAAUAGAAACCAUUUAUAAAAAUACAUGUGUGAGCCAGGCAGUGAUAGUGCACAUCUUUAAUCCUAGCACUUGGCAGGU